CUUUAUCUUGAAAUCAAUGUGAUUAUACUGUCAAUAUAUAAAUAAGAUAUUAACCAUAUACAGAAAAAAAUUUCCUUAACAUUUAGUUACAGUGGGAACAACUAAAAUUAUAUAGAACAAUACUGUCUUUUUCUAAAACCAUUGAGAAUAUCAAGAAUUAUUUCCUCUGGAGUAUUUUCUGAAUACAUGGGCAUGAUUCUAAAAACAAUUUAAGAAUAUUAGAACUAUUUGUAUUAAAGGGAAUUUCUGUAACAACUUUUUUGUAAUCUACUUAUGUAUUAUAAAAGUGGGACCUACGAAAUAUCAAAAACAAAAUCAUCAACUAAAUGUGAGAAAAAAUAUAGUACAAAACAGUUUGUAAAGUGUUUUCAGUUGUUAAAACGAAAAGAAAAGGACAGGCGAGAGCAAGCGAGAAUUGAGAAAGAUUAUAAACAUUUUAUGUAUUCAAUGAUCUAUUUCGUUUACUUGUCGAAUAGAGACCACGAGGAUCACCAUAAACUGGAUCAAAUGCAGAAAAUGAAAAUCUUGUCGGUGUAACUGGAGUUCUUGGAGUUGACAUAGUUGUAUUUAAUGGAGGUGAACAGGGUGUACUAGUCUUUUUCAAUUGAGGAGGGCAUUUAUCAGCUAUAAAAGAUGAAUUUCAAUUAAAGUUUGUUUAUUAUAUUAUUAUAACGUGAAAAAUUAUGUUGUCAGAAGUAAUAUACGUACCAAAAAUUCCUCUAUUUUUUAUAUUCAAGUCGAUACUUGCCAUUUUAUUCUUCCAUACUAUAAAACAAAAUAGAUCCGAUAUAAUAUAAUAUAAUAUAAUAU